ACCGGACGUGACGCGCAACGCCACACGCACAACUUCCUGUGCGUGGAAGCUCUCCCGGCAUGCCGCGCGCCGCCCUCUGUUGAUCGACACCGCCCGCGCCGAUCGCCUCCAGGGAGGGAGAUUCACGGCCUCGCUUCGUUCCCACAGACGCCCGGGACUCCGUCGGCUGCUGUUGCCGUGCCUCCCUCUCAACCCCACCCACCUCGCCGUCGAGUGGAUUACGGCGAGCGGAGUGAUUGAGCGCGAGCUCUAUAACAUCAGGCGACUUUGAGGCGUGAGCGCCAGUGAGCGACUGCGCUAUGGAGGAGGACAUCCUCACGACGCUCAAGAUUCUCAUCAUCGGAGAGAGCGGCGUUGGCAAGUCCAGCCUGCUCUUGAGGUUUACAGAUGACACGUUUGACCCCGAGCUGGCUGCGACAAUCGGUGUUGAUUUUAAAGUGAAGACAAUCGCUGUGGAUGGAAACAAAGCAAAGCUCGCUAUUUGGGACACGGCUGGCCAAGAGCGCUUUCGCACCCUGACGCCGAGCUACUACAGAGGAGCGCAGGGCGUGAUUCUCGUGUACGAUGUGACCAAGCGGGACACCUUCUUGAAGCUGGAGAACUGGCUGAGCGAGCUUGAGACGUACACCACACGCAGCGACAUCGUCAAGAUGCUGGUGGGAAACAAAAUUGACAAGGACGGUCGAGUUCUGGACCGGACAGAAGGUCUGAAGUUUGCCAGGAAACAUUCCAUGCUGUUCAUCGAGGCAAGCGCUAAGACGCGAGACGGAGUGCAGUGCGCCUUCGAGGAGCUGGUGGAAAAGAUCAUCCAGACGCCCGGCCUGUGGGAGAGCGAGGGUCAGGGCCAAAGCCGCUCCGGCGUGCAUCUUGCGAAAGACGAAGCGGCACAGGGCGCUGGGAGCUGUGGGGGCUACUGCUCCCUCGCCUGAGCAUCACGCAAAGUCCGUCGUGCCUUCUCGUCCCACGCCCCCAAAGCUCUCCGAACGUACAAAGCACGACGCCAACGGCGGCGGCACGCA